CAGACUGAUGUUAAAAAACUCACCCUGUAAGAAGAUGGCUCCUCUGGAGUGAGAUUUAUUAUCAUCAUGGGAAAAUUAAUUGGGGAUAAAAUAUGCUCAAAAGAUAGAUAAUAUUUGCAGAGCAAAUAUUGUGUCCUAAGAAAUAGUUAGUGAGCACUAAGAAAUACAGCUUAGUGACUCAAAUCGUCUGGGCAUUUAAUAAUUCCACACCAAAUUGUACCCAAAUUGUAAAACUAUUGCAAGUACAAUGUAUCUUCUGACUUUAAACAAGGGCAGGGGUUAAACCUACACCUGAUAAUCCAACAAUAUAAAAGAGUGUGGUGGGACAUGAAGGCUUGCAUGGUAGGUCAAACAAAAAGUUCUAAAGUAGACCUUGACCUUUAUCUUUAUCCCCAGCUUAAAUGAUUUAUUUACACAUGAGAGCCAGCUAAAGCAGCAGCGAUCAAUGCAUUUGUGCAGUUGACUGCUUUUUUGCAUUAUACGAGUUCUGUGUCUCUUAUACAUAAGAUCACAGAGUCAAAUGUGCAUGUAUUGCCUCUCCUCUGUGCAGACUUGACAAAUACACUCAUCAAAUGGGGAAAUGUUGGACUAGGACAGGCUUACAAACACAAAUUGUUGGAUUUAAUGUCAAGGCUUGAUUGCUUAAUUUGACCAAACAAAUGAAAGUAUUUUUUACUGUGGUAAAAGAAAAUGAGAGGAGGAGUUAGACAGGGUGUGAAAUGUGGUAUUACGUGAUGAUAAGCAACAAAGUGCUUUUUUAAUCUUUAAUGUUUGCCGUUCAGAGAAUGUAUGGUUGUUUUGCACACGAGUGAAUUCCCCCCACAUGAGAGCAGUUUUUAUUUAGCAGCAAUGACCCUAUUCCCGGUGGGUCCUAUUACUUAAAACCACGUAACUUGACCUGCAAUCUUUUCAUUUUUAUGAUAGACACAUUUUGAAAUGAAUACUCUUUUCAAGAACUUUUUAUCUGGCCUGUCUCUGUUACUAACCACUUUUUUCCAGAUAGUGUAUGUAAUCUAUUAACGUUAGACCAGUGUUAUGCAUGUCACGCAUAAACAAACGCAUUUCGUUAGAGUUGCAAGGUUGUGAACAUAAGGACUAUGAUUGCUGGAGGAUGAGCUAAGCCAUGAUAUUGGUUAUCCGAUUGGAGCAAAUGCGUAGUUUCUUUCUUGACAUUUUGUGGCUAUGCUUUUUUUUUUUUUUACUAAAGUGACAGGACUGAACUGAACUGAGGCUAAUUGAGGUAAACGACAGCUACAUUCCCUUCUUAUCUUUGGGGGCUGGAGGUGACAGAGUAAAGAGCCCUGCACCCAGAGUGCCACUAGUACGGGACAGGAGCCUGUUGCUUGUGACAGCUGCCAGUGUCAUUCCUUGUUUGCUACAGCUUGUGUUACUGUGUACUGUCCUUGUCCAGUAACCAGUGAGACAGGGGGUAUGUCAAAAGCCCAAAAAUUAGGGAGUCAGGGAGGGACAUGAACUUUUCUUUGAGGCCUCCUCUUUUGGCCUAGUCAAGAAAUAUUAAGAAAUUCACAGACUCAAAUAGAAACCAUAGAACAGUUUGUUUCUUUUUUGGUUGAGGGUGCUUAACACAUCCCUUUUUCUGUUUUUAGUGGUUGGGAUUAUGCAAAAUAAGUUUGCAAUAAAAAAUAACGUAAGGUAAUGUGCCAACAUUUAAUGGGUUUUGUUUUGUUUUGUUUAUUAGCCAUAAUUUAAUCAAUAUUUCAUUGCUCUCCUUAAUAACCACCAUUUAAAAUAUGUUUAGACUGUAUCACAUUGGUUCAGCUUAUUUUUUUUUAACCUAAUAAACUCAUUAAGCUUAACACUUUAUCCAAAAACAAUAACUAAUCCAUACAAAGUUGAUACCUCUUGAAGACAUAUGCUUACUUGAAUUAAUUUAAUCAAAUCCAUUGAUUUCACAGACCAACAAACACUUUAAUUACAACACAACAACAGGUAAUUGUUAGUUGGGGCAAUUGUUGUUGUUGUUGCUGUUAUUGUAUAGUAAAUCAUUCAAUGUUAUUAAUCUAGCCCUUAGUCUCAAACUGCUUCGAGGCCUCAUGCUGUGAAACCCCGCCCAGCCCCCCGAAGAGGAAGGAAGAACUCUUAAUUAUCCGGGGCAAACACGUUGGGAAGGAAGGCAGGCUGGUUAGGAGGGGAAUGGGUGCCACAAUGCCAGCUUAUUGUUAGAUUGUUGGAUGGAAAGUAGAAAAUGAGUGUCCAUGGUGGUGUGGAGGUGUUGGUGACUAAGCCGGUAGCUGUCAUGUGGGGUCAUGGUCACGACUAUCCAUGAGUACCGAUUUCAAGCACCAUACUUUCAGGAUGCCAAACAUAGGGUUCCAGAACCUUCCCCUCAAUAUUUACAUUGUUGUGUUUGGGACGGCUAUAUUCGUCUUCAUCCUCAGCCUGCUCUUCUGCUGCUACCUGAUAAGAUUACGGCACCAGGCCCACAAAGAGUUGUACGCAUACAAACAGGUUAUACAGAAAGAAAAGGUCAAAGAGCUAAAUUUGCAUGAGAUAUGUGCAGUGUGCCUGGAGGAGUUCAAACAGAGAGAUGAGCUGGGCAUCUGCCCAUGCAAGCAUGCCUUUCACAGAAAGUGCCUGAUUAAGUGGCUGGAGGUGAGGAAGGUGUGCCCGCUGUGCAACACCCUGGUGCUGCAGCUGGCCCAGCAGGCCGGCACCCCCACCGACACUCCCACACAACAGCCCCUUCCUGGGGUAGAGAACCUGGUGUAGCCCCCAGCCACCCUGCCCACCCACCAUAUCACCACACAAACUGAGCACACACACGUACAAGGACCCACACAUUCACAGACACGCACAGGUACAGAGGCACACAUAUGCCUCCAAGAUGUGCCUCCCAGAUGCCGGCGCACAUAAUCGCACAAAGCGAUGCAAACACACACACAUCCACACACAUGCAUCCACACACAUGCACUGCCAACUCAAAUACACACGACUUGCCCUGACAUCUGGAUAGAGGAGCCGGACAAUUGAUCUGUAUCCAAGGAGUAGUGAAGGAGAGGCUGGAGCUUUGGUGUAGAACUGUCUUGAUCUGCCAUUAAUCUCUUUCAAUGGCUGCUCACUUUGCCUUUCUUGAUACCUGGAUACCUUGGAUGUCAGUGCCAUCUAAUAAUGUACAUUCUGUUGAGCUUGCCCUAUUGUUGUUGUUGUUAAACGGACAAUGCAGAAGAAGAUGAUGUUUGCUUCUCAGCCAAGACUGUUUCACAACCAAAGCAAUUUGAUUGGGACACCAGCAGAAUGCGAGUUCAUGAAAAAACUGUUUUGUUUUUUUAAUCUAUUUUUUGUUUGUUUUUGACAAGCACUUUAUGAUGACUGAACCUUAAUUGCUUGUGAUGGAAGUAGCAAGGUAAUAUUUUAUUAUAAUUUUUCAUAAUUUGUUUCUUAAUAUGUGUGUUUUUAUUUUAUUUGUAUUAGUUUAAGAUUUUUAUAAGGACAACGUUGAUCUUAAAGGGACAACCGUAUUUACAAUAUGUUGCGGAAAGUAAAGAAUGAUUUCAAAGUGGUCGAUGCAAAAAUAUCUAACAAAUCUGUCUUAUAAAAAUGUGAAUUGAGGUCGAAGAUUUGUAUUUGUCGCAACCCAGAACGGAUUUUCAGGUAUACAUCUGAAACAAAAACCAACACACAUGCAAACACACAAACAGGCAACAAAAUUUAAUUAUAUAUUAAUCUGACAGUUUUACACUUCAAUUAAUUUAACACUAUUAAAAGUUUACAGUUAUUUGUAUUUGUUACAGUUUGGCUAUUUUUUUUUAAAUUAUUAAUCAGCUUGUCUUGUCUGUAUUUCAAUGGAGGAAAACCUUUGCAUGCCACAUUCAUUGUCUUGGGACAUUCACUGUAACACAUUUAUGCUAUGAAGAACAAAAUAACUGAAUGUGAAAGUUUUAUUUACAUGUGAUACCGAAGAACAAAUUCUGAUUGGCUACUAACUUGUAUGUUUAAAUACUGCCUUCUUCAUGGCGAUUAUGGUGGAUCAUUUAUGUGAUUUGCUCAAAUUUCAGCCAUAUAAAGUCACGGUUAACAGAACAGAAGUCCUUAGAGUUUAGUCAGGGGGCUGAGAACAAGCUGGCCCGUGCCACCUUUGCUGCAUGCCGACACAAUUCACUUUAACAUGUUGUGUUAGUGCUGUGGCAAAGGUAACCCGCACACUUUGUUACUCACAGCGUGAACCAAUCAGAAGGCUGUCAGAACAGCUGUGCUCAGCCGUUUCAUUCAGAAAACAAGCCCAAUGUUGCUGCUGAUCAGAGCCCUGCAGUCUAGUGGUUUCUACUCCUGCUUCACCCACUUGUUGUUAUUGUUGUUACUCGCUGCACGUGACAUGCAUAGUGUUCCAUUACAAACAUUAUUGGGUCAAAGUGCUAAGUAGGUUACUUUGGACGGAUAAAGGUUGUGUGCCACUCUAAGCGUUUGAAGAAGAGGCUAUGGAUAAUUCGGCACUUUUUUGCAAUUAAUCUUGUAAUAUAUUAUUAUGAUGAAAUUUCUGUCCCAACUUUUUCACAAACAGCUGAAAAAAAACUAUUUAAGCUUGACCUGUGCAAUCCAAUAACAAUGCUCAAGCAUUGUUAUUUUCUGUUUGUUUGACUAUAAUGAUACAUAUAAAGAGCUGUUUUUCAAACUGGCAUAUCCUUAUAUUUGAUAUAAAUAAAAAUAGUAAUAAAUGAUUAGGGUAAAAUUAUCAAGAAAUAGUAAACAAGAAGGAAAGUUAUCUAUUGCCUAUUACUAAACACUUAUGAGAUUGUUCUUGAAAGUUCAGCCACUUGAAAUUGGCCCUUAUAAGCCUUCCCUUGUCGAUAAAUAUUUUCUUCCUGGGCCUGUUCUACAGAGAACGAUCCUCUAACUGGCCAGAUAUGAAAGAAGGUGGCACCUUCUUUCUCAUUGACACAGCCAUCCCAUACAAGCCCUUCAAAAGGCCAUUUACUUGCAUUUUUAAGUUUGAUCAUAACAAGUUAACAAUUUGAUAUGGUUGAUCAUAACUGGAAAACCUGACAAAGCACAUCCCUCUGUUGUGAUCUUUUUUUUGUCGUUUUUAAGUGCAAGCUUGGAGAUUGAAACACGAUGAUUGUAAUAUGUAUGGUAAAGCGCUGGUGUUUGAGAAGUGUUGUUUUUUCCGUUUUUGUUGUAUGUAUUCAUACUAUUAUUUGGUAUUGUUACACAGAAAAAACUGGUAGCGAGACACUCAAACUGCCAUCCAACAAUCUGAUGUGGUUUAUUCCGUUCCAGCGUUUGUGGUAUUUUUUUCAGCUGAAAUUGCUGCCGCCCUUUAAACAUGAAAUGUGGAGCAUGUAUUGUCGUAAAAAUAUGUAUAAUUGUUUUAGGAAGGGCUCCUCGAAGUGCAGAGCAGGCACAUCUUCAUAGUAAAUGGAAAAGGCUAUGAGAAGGUAUUUUCACACUUGGACGACUGUUGUUCUAAGUUUAGUACCUGUAGAUUAUCAUUGUGUCACGGAAUUUAACAGUGUAUACCCAUUUAUAUGUCAACAUAUGGGUAUGACCUCAGACUGAGGCAUUUGGUGCUUUUUUUCUAUCAACAGCGAACUGCACGUCAUGAAAUGAGGCUCAAGGAAAAGAGGCGUGGCUUGGUUUACUUUUGAAACUCCUGGCUCACUGAAUUAAGUGCUCUCUCUCAGCAAACGUCUUAUCAUGUAUCCAACAAUAUCUUCUUUCUAUCUCUUCCUUUCAGCACCAUUUUUUUUUUUAGAAGCAAUAAUUCUGUAAGGCAACUGAUGCAGCAGAAUUGUUAAAGUUCUAUUUUUGUAUAUUUAAUUGCUCAGUUUUGAAAUUUUCAACAGUUUUUUUGUUGCAUGAUGUGCCAUGAAUUGUAAAUAAAGUGUCCAUGUUUUGGAAGUAA